GGAAGAAGAGAAGUAGAAUUGCGAAUAUGCCACGUAUCCAAAGAGCAAAACGAAACCAACAAGAACCACUCCCCAAUAGACAAUGACACACACACAUCUUCCAAUCCAACACAAGCAGAUGCCAAAGGCCAGAACCCUGUUAUCUGCGUAGAGACCCUUGUAGUAUAAAGCUUGGCCACAAUUCAAGCACGACCAUUAUCCCUUUGGGUUUAAUAUAGUCAUCUCAAUCUCGAUAAUCCGUUUCCACUUUUUCAGUGGCUCUGGUGCUGCCAUUGCGUUCCACCAACCGCUACUGCCACACAAAUACGCUUCACUACAGACAAAUAAAACUCACACUCCUUUGUCUCAUAUAACUUUCCAAACUAAAACUACUCCGUGUUUACCUCACACAGCCACUUCUUCAAUCAAGCGAAGGUCGUCGCUUGACUCCACUGCCACUGAUCCACCAGACACCCUUUAACCCAAUUCCAUAGUGAUAUCUGUAAGCUUUCUGCUUCACCAUGCCACCAAAGCCCUUAGACUACGGGUCAAUAAAUGAAAACGUGAAGAAGAGCCAAUAUGCUGUCAGAGGUGAAUUAUACCUUCGGGCUUCCGAGCUUCAGAAAGAGGGCAAAAAGAUUAUAUUUACUAAUGUUGGCAACCCACAUGCUUUGGGACAGAGACCACUGACUUUCCCUCGCCAGGUUGUUGCUUUGUGCCAAGCCCCAUUCCUGCUUGAUGAUCCAAAUGUUGGACUGCUAUUCCCUGCUGAUGCAAUUGCAAGAGCUAAACACUAUCUCUCAUUGACCUCGGGUGGUCUAGGUGCUUAUAGUGACUCACGAGGUCUUCCGGGAGUAAGGAAGGAAAUAGCAGAGUUCAUACUCAAGCGUGAUGGGUAUCCAAGUGAUCCAGAGCUCAUAUAUCUCACUGAUGGUGCCAGCAAGGGGGUGAUGCAGAUAUUAAAUACUAUCAUCAGAGGUCAAGACGAUGGGAUUUUGGUUCCAGUCCCACAAUACCCUCUCUACUCAGCAACAAUUGCUCUGCUUGGUGGUACCCUUGUUCCAUACUACCUUGAAGAGACAGCAAAUUGGGGUCUUGAUGUUAAUGACCUUCGUCAAUCAGUUGAACAAGCUCGCUUUAGAGGAAUAACUGUUAAAGCAAUGGUCAUCAUAAAUCCUGGAAAUCCUACCGGUCAGUGCCUUAGUGAAGCUAAUCUAAAAGAGAUUUUGCAAUUCUGUUAUCAAGAAAAUUUAGCCUUGCUUGGAGAUGAGGUUUACCAGCAGAAUAUAUAUCAGGAUGAACGACCCUUCAUUAGUUCUAAAAAGGUUUUGAAUGACUUGGGACCGCCUAUAAGCAAGGAAGUCCAGCUUAUUUCUUUUCACUCUGUAUCAAAAGGUUAUUAUGGUGAAUGUGGACAGAGGGGUGGAUAUUUUGAAAUGACUAACAUUCCCCCAGAGACAGUUGAUGAGAUCUACAAGGUUGCGUCAAUAUCACUUAGUCCGAAUGUUCCAGCACAAAUAUUUAUGGGAGUUAUGAUCAAUCCACUUAAACCUGGAGAUAUUUCUUAUGACCAGUUUGUUAGGGAGAGCAAUGGAAUACUUGAAUCACUGAGAAGAAGAGCAAGGAUAAUGACUGAUGGAUUCAACAGUUGCAGAAAUGUGGUUUGUAAUUUUACUGAAGGUGCUAUGUACUCUUUCCCUCAAAUACGCUUGCCACCUAGAGCUAUAGAUGCUGCUAAACAGGCUGGAAAGGUUGCAGAUGUUUUCUACUGCCUUAAGCUUUUGGAAGCUACUGGCAUAUCCACGGUCCCUGGUUCAGGAUUUGGACAGAAAGAAGGGGUUUUCCAUUUGAGGACAACUAUUUUACCAGCUGAGGAAGACAUGCCUGCUAUUAUGGAUAGUUUCAAGAAGUUCAAUGAUGAAUUCAUGGAGCAAUACGAAGACAAUAGAGGUUAUUCAAGGUUGUAAGAAAACCAGCCUGAAAGUUGCAUUAUACUCGUGCGAAAGCACUUCAAUCCAUCUCUUAAAGAAAAACAUAACCUCGUUUCUAGUAUUUGUCCUUCCUUAAACCUUUGAUUUUCUUUUCUAUCAUGUCUGAACUGACAAUAUUUCAGCUGUAUAUUUAAUAUACCUUUGUUACUUGUGGCAUGACAAUCUAACUAUAUAUGCUUCACCA